CAAGUUUCGUUCAAACAUCACAACCAAAGAUGUUGUGUCGAAGAAACGUUGAGCGAUUGAAAAUGAUGUUCCAUCGCUGGCCAUCAUAUAGUUUACGACCAUGGCCACGUUCAGUAAGAAAAAUGUUGUCAGUAGGGGUAUUUAUAGUUAUCGUUGUUGUUAUCAUUUUAUCUUAUCAAUUGAAGAUCAUUGGAAAUGGUCGCCGAAGAGUGAAUCCACCUCAACCUUCCAUUUCAUGUCGAUUUGAUCAUUUUCAUAAAUCAUUAGUCAAACCUAAGAACCAUAGUUCUCGUGAAAGCAGACAUACAUCCAAACGCGUGUUAGUCCUUGUGGAAUCUCCAUAUACCAGUCUGGCAAAGCAUAUCAUUACUGUGUUAGAGGCAGCUAGGAUUGAAUAUAAAAUAGAAAACACAGGCAGGAACCUGCCCACAUUGACGCAUUUUGACAAAAGCAAAUUUGGUGUGAUCAUUCUGGAAAACUUAGAGGCCUAUGUCAAUAUGGACAAUUGGAAUAGGCAGCUGAUUGACAAAUAUUGUCGCGAUUAUAAAGUUGGCAUGGUAAUCUUUGUUCAUUCUGUUGAUGAAUAUGGAAUAGAUAGGGAAAAAGUGCCUGGUUUUCCUUUAUUAUUAAGGUACAAUUUGGCUUUAAAAGACUAUACUCUGAAUCUAUUUAGUGAUAUUUGGAGGAUAACACGUCCUGGGGAAAUUUGGGAAGGGACUCUGCAGCAGGAUGAUUGGACAGUCUUUGACUUCAAUCACUCCACAUAUGAACCUUUGGCGUAUGCUAAGGCUGCACCCCCACCCUUCCUGGAUGCAGGAUACGAGGUGGACAACCGGACACUGGUUAGUGUGCUACAGGAUCGAGGCACGUUUGAUGGUAUACAGAGAGUGUUCUUUGGUAACGGUCUCAAGUUCUGGCUCCAUAUCCCUGUCCUGCUGGAUGUACUUUCCUAUCUGUCUCAUGGCAAACUCAGUCUUCCAUUGGAACGGUUCAUCCAGAUUGAUGUGGAUGAUAUUUUUGUGGGGAUCAGCGGGACAAGGAUGACACCUGUUGAUGUAGAGGCUAUGGUUCAAGCUCAAGAAAGGCUAAAGCAGCAAGUUCAAGGAUUCAAGUUCAACCUUGGUUUCUCUGGAUGGUUCUACCAACAUGGAAACUCGCUGGAAAAUGAAGGCGACAGAAAGAUAUUAGAACACAGAAACAAGUUUUGGUGGUUUGGUCACAUGUGGAGACACGAGCAGGCACACAAAUUCACACAGGACCAUCUUGAGCGAUCUAUGCUCCUGAAUUACCAGUUUGCAAAGGAUCAUGACAUCCCUAUCUACCAGCAGUAUGCUGUGGCACCACAUCACUCAGGGGUGUAUCCUGUCCAUGAACCCCUGUAUCAAUCCUGGAAAAAUGUAUGGGACAUACGUGUUACUAGUACUGAGGAGUAUCCGCGACUCUACCCCGCCUGGAGACGCAGAGGUUUUAUACACAAAGGCAUUAUGGUUUUACCUCGACAAACAUGUGGGCUGUUCACACAUACAAUAUUCUUGGACAAGUAUCCAGGUGGGAGGCAACACCUGGACAACAGUAUACAAGGGGGAGAACUCUUCCAGACAUUCCUGUUUAAUCCUAUUAAUAUCUAUAUGACUCACCUUGGAAACUAUGCCAAUGACAGGCUGGCACUGUACACGUUUGAGAGUGUGAUCAAGUUUGUGCAGUGCUGGACCAAUUUGCAGCUAAAACAGGUUCCCCCGUUAGAGCUGGGCAUUAAGUAUUUUGAGAUGUACCCAGAGGAGAGAGAUCCGCUUUGGCAGAAUCCUUGCUUAUACAAGCGGCACCUGGCUAUAUGGUCCACCAACAAAAGCUGUGACAGACUCCCAAAAUUCCUUGUCAUUGGGCCACAAAAGACAGGCACGACGGCACUGUAUACAUUCCUGUCUCUCCACCCAGCCAUCCUUAGUAACUAUAACAGUCCUGAUACCUUUGAGGAGGUGCAGUUUUUUAAUGGCAACAACUAUUACAAAGGAAUUGACUGGUAUAUGGAGUUUUUCCCUAUCCCACCAAAUGCCACCUCAGAUUUCCUCUUUGAAAAAAGUGCUACAUAUUUUGACAAUGAACUUGUGCCAAUGAGGGCUCAUGGGCUGAUACCUAAAGCAAAACUUAUAUGUAUAUUAAUCCAUCCAGCUAAACGGGCAUACUCCUGGUAUCAGCAUAUACGUGCCCAUAAUGAUCCCACAGCGUUAAAUUACACUUUCCUUGAAGUAGUCAAAGCAGAUGAUUCUGCCCCUCGCAAACUCAGAGAUCUCAAAAACCGCUGUCUUGCCCCUGGCAUCUAUGUCCAACACCUGUCCAGAUGGUUGGACUAUUUUCCAGCUCGUCAAUUAUUCAUUAUUGAUGGUGAAUGGCUCAAGAGUCACCCUGUUGCUGUAAUGCACAAUGUCCAAAGAUUUCUACACAUUGAGCCUCAUUAUAACUACAGUCAGCUCAUCAGGUUUGAUCCAAAGAAAGGAUUUUACUGUCAGAUAUUGUCAGAGGACAAAAAUAAAUGCUUGGGUCGAGGAAAGGGACGUCUCUACCCAAACAUGAACAGGGAGGUGACAGACUACCUCAAACAGUUUUACAGAAAACAUAAUGUUGCAUUAUCAAAGUUUCUCAAGAAAAAUCAAUACCGCAUACCGGAUUGGUUAGAAGAGGAGCUGAGUCAUUGACGGACAUGAAAUAAAGGAGCCAGUAGUUGUGUCAACACUGUGUACUAAUGCUCAAACUCAUAUAAACAUCAAUGUUAGAAUGAUUAGUUAUGUUCCGACAAAGUGUGGCGCCAUGUUGUCUGAUACUUUUAGUUAUUCUUCAAUGUUUUGGGUACAAGUUUUGUUCCUACUGCUUAAAAGUGACUUCACACUGUAAAUGGUUUAGAUCACCAAUCAGGAUAGUAUAAAUCAUAUUGGAUCAUACCUCACAGAUCUCAGUUUUCAGUUUUCAUUCAACCAUGAAGCAUUUUCAAUGUAUGAUUUCUGUGAUUAGUCAUGUGAAUAAAUCGUUGCUUUUUGAUAUGUAUAAUUAACAAAUACCCAUUCAUGUGUGACUUAUUGUAAAGACUUCACAUAAGUAACAACUGUAUUACUUCAAACAAAUCAUGUCUCAUUUGCUUUGGUGCUGGGUUAUUUGCAAUUACUGCAUAAUACUGAACUAUUGUAAACCCUUGCUUGGUUAUUGUAUUGUAAAGCAAGGGGCAGUUGGUAAUGUUUUUAUUUCAAUGUAAUACGGGUAAUAUGCUAAUGUUGAUAUGCUACGAACAAUGAAGAUGAUCCUGGUCUGUUUAGUUGGUCAUACUUUGAAUACCCUUUAGCUUUGUGUACUCCAGAGAACAUCAUGACACAUAUCCAGAGGUACGUUAUACUGUAAAUACCCUGUAGAAAUGUGUACUCCCAAGAUAGCCCAGACACAUAUCCACAGGUACGUUAUACUGUAAAUACCCUGUAGAUAUGUGUACUCCCAAGAUAACCCUGACACAUAUCCACAGGUACGUUAUACUGUAAAUACCCUGUAGAUAUGUGUACUCCCAAGAUAACCCUGACACAUAUCCACAGGUACGUUAUACUGUAAAUACCCUGUAGAAAUGUGUACCCCCAAGACAACCCUGACACAUAUCCACAGGUACGUUAUACUGUAAAUACCCUGUAGAAAUGUGUACUCCUUAGAUGACCCUGACACAUAUCUGCACCAUUAAUUAGUGCUAAGCUGUCACAGUUUGAUAUUUAUCCAGACUUGGUGUUCUUGUUGACCUUGCAGCUCUAUGUAUGAUUAUUCUGCACUUUUCUCGAUAAUUCGUCAGAAUUUUCAGAAGGAAUACCUCAGCUGAUUGAAUUGUUGAAAUAAACACCAUUUCCUUAAAACCAAACCCUGUUAUUAUCACUGGACUUUUCAACCACAUUAGUAUCUGUAGACUUUUCCACCCUGUUUGUACCUUUUUAGAAUAUCAAACCAUGUCUGUAUCAGUAGACUGUUUAACCCUGUCAGUAUCUGUCGACAAUUCAACCAUGUUGGUAUCUGUGGAAUAUUCAAUGCAAUUAGUACAUUUGGACUAUUCAACCUUGUUAGUAUCAGUGCACUAUUCAACCAUGUGAGUUUCUGUGGAAUAUUCAACCCAGUCAGUAUCUUUGGGAUGCCAAAUGAUGUUUGUGUCAGUGGAAUAUUUAACCCCUUCAGUAUCUGUGAAAUAUUAAAUCCUGCUAUUAUCUGUGGAGUAUCUAAUUCUGUCAGGAUCAGUAAAAUUUUCUACCCAGUUAUUACCUUUGGGAUAUUAUUUGUUGUUUGUAGCAGUGGAAUAUAAAAACCUGUUAGCAUGUGUGAAAUACUACACUCUAUUAGUGUCUGUGAAAUACUAAAUUUGUUAGCAUUCUUGGAAUACCUACCUUCAUCAUUAGCUGUAGAAUAUUAAGCUGUAGAAUCGUUCAUUAUGUCAUUAGCUGUAGAAUUGAUUUGUUUACUAAGUCAUUAAUCAUGGAAGAUUUGGUGGAGAAUGAGAUGGGCCUUACUAGGCUAUAGUCACACUUAAUUUGUUAACUUCCUAGACACUGCUAUUUUGUUCAGAUUUUGUGCAGAAGUGUGAAAAGUCUGUCCAAUGAUUGGAGUUGAUAUAUUGUUAACCUCUAUGUAUUGUACUCAGGAUGUUAUAUCAUGUGUUGAGUUCUAGAUAUUACUAGUACUAUGUAGUUGAUAUAUUUUUUGUCCUAGAGUUCUGCUUGUGAACAGUGUUAUGUUGACGUAUACAGUAUGUAUACAGUACCUACUUUUAUCAUAAACAGGUCAUCAUCAUGGAUUUAAAUGUUUUUAUUUUAGGGUGACACCACAUUAGCUAAUACUUUGAUUACCUAUAUUUGUCUACUGUGUAGAUAUAUAUUUGUUAACCUUGUAAAUAUUCUUCAGUAAGCAAUUUUCUCAAGUGAUGUAAUCUAUGGCCAGAACUUUAUGCAUUGAAUUUAGAAUUGAGACAGACUGAAUUAUAAUAUUAAUAAUGAAAUAUAUACCGGCGAUAAGCUGCUUCCUAAAAAUGACGAUGUUGGAAAGCCAGUCAGGUAAAUAUCUUGAUCUUCAAUUUGUUUUUUUUACAAAUUUGCAGUAUUUAUUAGUGGGUAUUUUCCUGCUCUUCCUGGCUGAAACAGAUGGGUUUCUGGGGGGAUUGCUUUCUGAGCAGCACAUAAUGCUUGAUAUCUAUAGCAAUAAAAUGGGUGUGUGUCGAUCUGUUAUUGGUAUAAAGCCUGCCUUGCUGGACUUCAUGUUGAAUGAGAUGAUGUAAUUCUAUUUAAUCUUAAUCAAAUAAGAUUGCUAUACAUAUCAAAGUGAAAAGAUUGAAUAUUGGAUUUCAAUAAUAUUGGAUUGUUUUGUGUGGUAGAAAGGAUGGCUGAACAAUUUUUGUCUUCUGUUUAUUAUAUGUUUUUAAUUUGUGAAUUGAAAGUUUUAUAUAUUUAUGGAAAAUAUCUGAUUUUAUUUUGUAUUUUGAUCAUAUCUUCGACCCUCUUGUAUGCUAAUGAUAAUAGUCACAGUAUUCAUUGUGUAAGCAAACAUCAGUUUUUAUGCUUAUAACACCUUUUUUGGCAUUGGUAUUUAAUCAAUAAGUUUAGUUUUACUGGAAUUCUUCAAUUUUAACUGUGCCAUCUUUCUCUGAAGUUUUGGGUAGAUCUAGUACUUUCAUUCAUAAAGAUCAGUGUGAUGGGAAAGCUAUAUUGAAAAUAUCAUAGGGACAUGUAUAGGCAUGGAAGAGGAAAUUAAUCUUACAGGGACAUGUCUUGGUUGGAAGAGGAAAUUAAGUAUACAGGGACAUGUAUUGGUGGGGAGGGAAAUUAAUCUUACAGGGACAUGUAUUGGUGGGGAGGGAAAUUAAUCUUACAGGGACAUGUAUUGGCAGGGAGGACAAAAUUAAUUUUACAGGGACAUGUAUUGGCAGGGAGGAGGAAAUUAAUUUUAAAGGGACAUGUAUUGGCAGGAAGGAGGAAAUUAAUUGUACAGGGACGUGUAUUGGUGGGGAGGAGGAAAUUAAUCUUACAGGAACAUGUAUU